AUGAUAUUAUUAAUGCUAAUUGUUUUGCCAUCAGUUGUUUUGUCACUAUUUGUUAAAUGGGAUCAAAACAAUGGUGUAGGCGAUAGAAACUGUGGGCUCAGAUAUGUGCCGACAAAUGUUAUGAUAAGUUAUCCGAUCAAAUGUUUUAAACAUAGAGUUUAUACAAAUAUAACAAUUGACGAUAUUUUCGGAUCGUUUCAAUGGAAUGGUCGGCCAAAUAUUGAUACUAAAAUUUAUAAGGGAUUGGACGCUGAAUUUGCUGAAUCACCAUGGACAGUUGUACUCACUACAUACCAUCUCUUUAGCCAACAUUACUACCAGUGCACCGGUAUAUUGAUCAAUAAGCGUUGGAUAAUUACUUCAGCCCAUUGUAAUUAUGACAAUGAAACCAAAACUAUUGAAUAUAGUUGGAGUCGAGUGCGAGCCGGUCCUAACAGAGAUGUCAUGGGUUGGGUCCAUAAGAAAGACAUGUUUAUUCAUCCAAACUUUACAAUGGAUUGGCGUAAAUCACGAGAAGCCGACAUUGCAUUGUAUAAAAUGAAUAGCGAUAUGAAUACUACAAUCUAUAGCAGCCAUUACUUAAUCAAUGGUGUGUGUCUUCCUACGGGUGAUAAACCAUUUAACAGACAUUACGAUACGGCAACAGUGUUUGGUUGGGGAUUGGUAUCGACCAAUCAACUGUCAGAUAGGUUACAAAAAGCAGACAUUGCAUUGACCCGACAAAUCGGUUGUUAUGAUAGAGAAAUGAUGUGUUCAUCAGGAGGUCAUACAAAUCCCGAUACCCGGGUUUGUUCGGGUGAUUCGGGUGCAGGUUUGGUCCAGUAUAUAGAUAGUGCCCGAACUCGUGCCAUAUUAAUAGGUUUGAUGGCUACUAUUGUCUAUGGUGUAGGAACUUCUAGUGAUGUUUGCGAUGAAACUAUUGCGAGUAUGGCUUUUGUGUCCAUUCCUCGACAUAUCAAUUGGAUAUUACAAACAAUUAAAAACAAUAGCAAUACUUAA